AUGAUUACAUCAACCCAUAUUAAUGAAUGGGCUUUUCAAAACGAAAAUAACUAUUGUCUAAACGAUAUGAUGAGAACAAUGCGUGAAACAGAUCCAAAUCUUAUCGCCAAUAAAUCCGAUUUUCAGAUGCCCAUCAUAAAAAAAGAGAUGGAUGAUUUAAUUUAUAAUGAUCACACAGGAGCCCAAAGUAGGAUCGCAGCCGAGAAUUGGUGGAAUGGACGGGAUAAUGGCUUAAGAAACGACAAUUAUUUUAAUAAUAAUAAUAAUAAUAAUACCCAAAAUGAUCAUCUUACUCAAAAUAAUAAUUAUGACAACAACCCCUCCUCCGCCAAAGACUACAAUAGAAACCAUAACUUGAAAGACGAUAUAAAUAGAGUUCUAACGCACGACCCCACAGAAUAUACGGACGUUUUGGUUACAGAGAAUCAACUCGUUCAUACCGAAAGCAUAACUCCUUCUAAUUUACAAGUCGAUACAAAUUCCUUCAAUGUAAACAAGAAUAUUCGCUACAACGAAUUACCUAAGCAAUACGAUAAUAAUCAUUCCGAAUAUCUGAACCAAAUAUCACCUAGAAUAAAUAGCAAUAAUGAUUUUGAUUCUAACCACCGUGCAUUUUUUAAUUCCAAAUUCAACUCAUCCCAAACCAAAUUAAAUGACAUUCGUUACAAUGACGAGAUUAAUACGUAUUACGAAAAUAUAAAUGAUAGGGCUACCGCUGGCACUGCUAGUUCUUCUCACGCGGGUGUAAUCGAUAAAAUGUAUGUAGACAAUCAUAGUUUAAUACAAGAUAGAUGUCCCAAUGAAUUCGUUAGAGCGACAAACGAUAGACUGAAUGAAGAAGAAUCAUCCUUUUCCAACACGCGUAAUGGAAAUGAUACUCACGGUAAAAAUAACAUGAGCACCGUUAAGAAAUGUUUUUUGGUUGGGCAAGAUGUUGAGAACGAUAAAAUCCUUGCAAAGAUCGCGAACUCCAAUCGCGAAAGCGCUAUUAAUAACAAAAAGCAAAUGAUUGAGGGAUACUACGAUGUCUGUCCACGCGACGCAAAUGUUGGAGAUCCCAACAAUACUAAUAAUAAUUCCGAAUUCGUACACACUAGACAUUUCGGCGGUAAUAUCAAUGAAAGUAAUAUAGAAAGAGGGUACAAUGGUUCUUCUAUAGAAGAACAAUUUUUAAAUUCUAGAAGUAAUGCUCCUCACUUCAUAGACAACGGAUUUAUGGUAGACUAUUUUGACACCCAUCAAACGUAUCACGAAAGUUUUCUUGAAAACCACCAUACUCCAAGUAAAACCAAUAUUGUCGAUACCAAUCCUAAGGAUUGUUCAAAAACAAAUUCAUAUUAUAGUAGAGAACUUAAUGACGAAAAAAACGACUUGAGGAUUAGAAGAAAUAAUGCAGAAAAAUUCUACCAAGUGGAAAAAAAUAUUUUGGAUUCAAUCAAUUCUCCAACGAUCAAUCAAAUGCAUACCCUUCGAGAGAUUUCCAAAAAUGUUGACAACGGCUUAAUAAAUGACUCUUCGCCGCAGAAUGGGGAGGAGCCAGAUCCUAAAGAAAUUAUGUUUCACAACGGACAAGAGAGUUCAAAUUUUUACUAUCCCAUACCUGGUAUGCACACCGGAUAUAAAGGUAAUCAUUAUGAAAAUUACGACAAUGUUGCCCAUUUCCAUGGAAAAGCAUUUGACGUGGAUCCUAGAGAGCCACCUAGGUAUUUAGAUAUGUUGUUUACUUCACCUUCCCUCAACGAUGUUGUUAGUCUGCCUACUCUGCCUCUUCCAUCAUGUUAUCAAAAAUAUAAUAACUUUCAAUUAUCUCCCUCCUUCGAUAGUUCGCUUAUUUCUAAUAUAAGGUAUCCUUAUUUUGAAUCUGAUCCAAGCAGAAUUGAUUACAAUGAUCAAAAUAUCAAGACUCCUACCCAUCAUGGAAUUCUUCAUUCUAACUAUAACAAUAAAUUCAAUGAUGAAAAUGACAAUAACUUAGAACUUGACACUGAACCAAAUUCAGUAAACAGUAAACAUAUGGAACCGCCAUUAUCGAUUGAGGAUUCUUUAUUAAAGAUCCAUGAGAAUAAUGACAGGAACACUAAUGGUAAAAGAUGUGUUAGUGUUGAUUAUGAUAAUACCAAAACUGAUAAUAACAACAAUGAUAAGAAUAUAAAUAAUAAUAAUAAUAAUAAUAAUAAUAUAGAUAUAAAUAAUAAUAAAUGUGAUGAACUCGAUUCUGAUAUUUGUGCUGAUAGACAUGUGAACGGAAUCGAUCAUAAGGCCAAACGUCUCUCCGAAAUAUUAAAUUUGGACUCUAGAUCUAAUUCAAUAAUGUCAUCGGAUGAAGACGAUUAUAAUGCGGAGUAUAUUAUUAACGAAGGUGAAGAAGAGUACUCUGAUUCCCUAGACACUACCAUAAAUUCUUCGGCGAAAGAUGUAAUGAGAAAUACCGGAAACGCAAGUUUACGGAAUAGAGAUGGGGACGACAAAAUUAGUAAUAAUCUUAACACGUUGAAACUUCCACCACUCGAUUUUAGAAGUUUAGGUAGUAAUACCAACAAUAACCUAAAUAACGAUAAUGGGACAAAUAAAAAUCUGCACCAUUUUUUGGACAAAAUGGAGCACCCGUAUGAUUAUAUGAAGGAUUCCAUUGGCGAUUUUAAUGGCAACAACUCCUCGCGUAAACCCGAUAAAAAUUAUAGAAAGCGUUUGGCGUCUUCCCUAAAUUCUGCCUACACCUUUGAUCAAUCUAACGAUACCGAAUACGAUAAUGGCGACAACCUGAUUAGUGACAAGGAAUUGGUGAAUAUAACUGUCAGAGAUUUGAAUCAAAAGUUACACGGGCACACGAAGGACGAGAUCAACAAAUUUAAACAAAAACGACGCACCCUCAAGAAUAGGUGCUACGCGCAGAGCAGCAGAUUGAGGAGGAUGCGAAUAAGGAAAGACCUGGAAGCCAAAAACCUGGACCUCAUCAAGGAAUCCAAGAUAUUGAGAGAAGAAUUGGAAGCUACUAAAGUUGAGCUAAAUUUUUAUAAGAAUAGUAUGGCUUCCAGAUUUCCCGAGAAUAAAUUAGAUUAA